AUGAAGCUCAUCACUGUCGCCCUCGCUGGGCUGGUGGCGCUCGUCGCUGCCUCGCCGGUCGAGACUACCGCCGCUGCUGUGGCUUCCAAGUAUGAGAACGAUGAUGUUCACACAUACAAGUGCGACAGCGACAAAUAUGUCCUCUCUUGCCUCCGCUCGGGCACCUGCUCUUUCGUCGAGACGUGCUCCUUCGCGUGCGCCGACAACAGCAAAGGUGCUUGGUGCACCGGUGCAUCCGAGAAGCGUGACGUCGAUUUCGAUGUUCAUAUCGAGGACAAGAAGACCUACGAGUGCGCCAAGGAUCGCACCGGUGUCUUGGUCUGUCAGUAUGGCUUCUGCCAAACUGACCACUACUGUAAGAAGGGCUGGAAGUGUCGCGACAACUGCAACUGCUGCAAGAAGCCCAGCAUGUUCGACCGAGACGUCGACGACGCCGAGAUCGCUGAGGCAUCUCCACGGUCCAAGGACCCAUCUGUCUCUUCCCAUGCCCCCACCGUCGUCGAGUCGGACACUUUGGCAAAGCGUGAUCCUCCCUGUGCGCCUGGAACCUAUACCUGCCUGGACUCCGCCACAACUGGUGCCUGGAUCAUGACCUGCGACUACAAGGGUGCGUGGCAGUACUCGUCGAACUGCGGUACUCUGAAGUGCCUCGAGCGAUCCGAUGGAGCCGCCCAUUGCUGGAACCCGGGACCGGAGUGGAACACGGAUCUGGCAGCCGCCAAGCGUGAGGCUCCUUGCAUGUCUGGGACCUAUUCCUGCGACAACGACGAAUCAACGGAUGACGCCUGGAUCAUGACCUGCGACUACCGGGGCAAGUGGGUGCAAUCUGCCAACUGUGGAGAUUUGAAGUGCCUCGCGCUAUCCAAUGGUGCCGCGCAUUGCUGGAACCCAGGACCGGAGUGGAAUACGGCAAUUGCAGCUCGUGAUGAACCAUCGGAAGUUCCAUCGGAUGUCGCUCCAUCUCAGUCCUGUGAGCCUGGAACAUUUGGUUGCACCUUCAACUCUGGCACAGGAACGAGCUGGGUAAUCACUUGUUCUCCGUCUGGAAUCUGGCUGUGGUCAUCCGACUGUGGUCAGGGACAGACCUGUGAUCUAGCAGCUGACAGGAAAUCUGCCCACUGCAGGCAGAAUGCGAAGCCUACCAUUGGAGCCCGCGACGAGCUUCUCCAAGUCCCAUCAGAGCUGGCUCCAUCUAUGUCUUGCUCACCUGGAGCGUUCAACUGCGCCUAUAGGAACGCGACUCAGACGGAAUGGACUGUCACUUGCGAGCAGUCUGGAUCCUACUGGCAGUGGUCUGCCGACUGCGGUAAGGAUUGGAAGUGCGUUUCGGACGGUCGUGUUGCACACUGCGUCCCAAAACAAGCUUUAUUCGAAGCUUGGGAAGCUUGGGAGGUCACCCAGACCUCCACAUCGACUCUCGAGGUUGAGGCUUCAGCAAAGGCUUGA